CAGUACCCCUCCUGUCAAUAUGAAAGUGAAACUCGUUAACAGAACAGCCUUGUUGGUGACCUGGAAUCAACCAGAGAUUAUCUAUCAUCCACCCAUUAUGAACUAUAUGAUUUCCUACAGCUGGACUAAAAAUGAAGACGAAAAGGAGAAGACGUUCACUAAGGACAGUGACAAGGACUUGAAAGCCAUCAUUAGCCAUGUCUCACCUGACAUCCUUUAUCUGUUCAGAGUUCAAGCAGUUUGCCGAAAUGACAUGCGCAGUGAUUUUAGCCAGACAAUGCUCUUUCAAGAUAACACAACUCGAAUUUUUGAGGGGACCAGAAUAGUAAAAACAGGAGUGAAUAAUGGGCAGAAUGGAGUGGUUGGAAAGAAAAAGAAAACAAAAGGAAAAAAGAGCCGAGGUAGCAUGUCAGGUACCUCUACUGAUGCUCUUUCUGCUGUGUUUUCUUCUCUUGUUCCCCCUGGUGAUUUCUUCAAGCCGACGGCUUCUCCAGCACCUUCAGCUGACAUGGCUCCCAUCAGUUCUGGGUCUUCUACUUGGACUUCCUCAGGCCUCCCCUUUUCUUUUGUGUCCAUGGCAACUGGGAUGGGGCCUUCCUCUAGUGGGAGCCAGGCCACGGUGGCUUCAGUAGUCACCAGCACCUUACUGGCUGGCCUUGGAUUUAGUAGUAGCGGCAUUUCUUCUUUUCCUAGUACUGUGUGGCCAACACGGCUCCCAACCUCUGCCUCUACUAAUAAACAGUCGGCCAGGCCAGUGGUGGCCACCACUGAGGCAUUGUCUUCUCCAGGACCAGACAAUGAUUCUACUCUCACAAAAGACAAUGAAGGAGCAGAGGAUGGAGAGAAAGAUGAAAAAAGUGAAAGUGAGGAUGGUGAAAGAGAGCAUGAAGAAGAGAGAGAAAAGGAUUCAGAAAAAAAAGAAAAAAGUGAUGUGACCGAAGCUGCUGAAAUACAAGAUAAUAGUGAAGCUACAAACACCACUCUUGCUCCCAACAGAACUAUGGAGGAGGGAGGGAAUGAAACUAUAUCUGAUCAUGAGCAAAGCCAAAAUAUUAUUCCAACAGGUAGGACUCCUGGAGGAGGAGAAGGAGUUACAGGAAUAGACACUCAGUUCAAAACAGUCAGUUCCACCCAAGUGCCGACACUAUUCAUAAAUGAACAAUAUACUGGUGAAAUUCCAAGAAGACCAGAAACAGCAUCAACACCUUUACCAAAAGAUAACAGAUUUAUUACCAUUCAUCCAGCAGACAAGAAUAUUUCAAGCAUGACCACCAGACCCACUCGUGGCAAAAUGGAAUGGAUCAUUCCUCUCAUUGUGGUCUCAGCCUUGACAUUUGUGUGCCUCAUCCUUCUUAUUGCUGUGCUAGUUUACUGGAGAAGGUGUAACAAAAUAAAGUCCAAGGGCUCACCCCGAUAUUUCCAUGAAGUGUCUUCUUCUCAAGACAGAGGAAAGAAGGGGAACAGAAAAUGUUUCCAGACAGCUCAUUUCUAUGUGGAAGACAGCAGUUCCCCUCGGGUGGUACCAAACGAAACUGUUCCCAUUAUUCCCAUCCCAGAUGACAUGGAAGCCAUUCCUGUCAAACAGUUUGUUAAACAUAUCAGUGAAUUGUAUGCCAACAACCAGCAUGGAUUUUCAGAAGAUUUUGAGGAAGUGCAGCGUUGUACAUCCGACAUGAACAUCACCGCUGAACAUUCCAAUCAUCCCGACAACAAGCACAAAAAUAGAUACAUCAACAUUUUAGCAUAUGAUCAUAGUCGAGUGAAACUAAGACCUUUACCAGGAAAAGAUUCAAAGCACAGCGACUACAUUAAUGCCAAUUAUGUUGAUGGUUACAACAAAGCGAAAGCCUACAUUGCCACCCAGGGCCCUUUAAAGUCAACAUUUGAAGAUUUUUGGAGAAUGAUUUGGGAGCAAAACACUGGAAUUAUCAUCAUGAUUACAAAUCUUGUGGAAAAAGGAAGAAGAAAAUGUGACCAAUAUUGGCCAACUGAAAACAGUGAGGAAUAUGGCCAUAUCAUUGUCACACUGAAGAGCACAAAAGUACAUGCUUGUUACACUGUCCGCCGCUUCACAGUCAGGAAUGCAAAAAUGAAAAAAGGGAACCCCAAAGGACGUCAGAAUGAAAGGACAGUCAUUCAGUACCAUUACACACAAUGGCCUGACAUGGGAGUACCUGAAUAUGCACUUCCAGUGCUGACGUUUGUGAGAAGAUCCUCUGCAGCCAGAACUGUUGAUAUGGGCCCAGUAAUUGUACAUUGCAGUGCUGGUGUUGGCAGGACUGGUACCUACAUUGUAAUAGACAGUAUGCUGCAACAGAUAAAAGACAAAAGCACAGUUAAUGUCCUGGGUUUCCUGAAACACAUCAGGACACAGCGCAACUACCUCGUCCAGACGGAGGAGCAGUAUGUUUUCAUUCAUGAUGCCUUGUUGGAAGCCAUUCUUGGGAAAGAGACCGAAGUUUCUGCCAGUCAGCUACAUAGCUACGUUAACAGCAUUCUCAUACCUGGAAUCGGAGGGAAGACUCGGCUAGAGAAACAGUUCAAGCUGGUUAUGCAAUGCAAUGCAAAAUACAUAGAAUGCUUUAGUGCUCAGAAGGACUGCAACAAAGAGAAGAACAGAAACUCAUCAGUAGUGCCAUCUGAGCGAGCAAGGGUAGGACUAGCACCAUUACCUGGCAUGAAGGGAACUGAUUACAUUAAUGCCUCUUAUAUCAUGGGCUACUAUCGGAGCAAUGAGUUCAUUAUAACACAGCAUCCCUUGCCACAUACAACUAAAGACUUCUGGAGAAUGAUCUGGGAUCACAACGCACAGAUCAUUGUCAUGCUUCCAGAUAACCAGAGUUUA